GCUGCUGUCGCUAUUUUCAACUGCCUCACCAGCUAAAGACGCACUCAUCACGUCUAUAAUCGCAACACAAGAUUGUAGUCUUGGUUUCCCAGGCUCGAUUCUUUACUGAUGAGGGACUUUCGGCCCGACUGACACAGGGAGAUGGGGGUUCUCAAUAUUUCAGACCAGCCGCCUCUGGUCCAGGCCAUAUUUAACAGAAAUGCAGAUGAAGUGAAGUUAUUUUUGCACAAGAAAGACGAAGUCAAUGCACUGGACCAAGAGCGCCGCACACCUCUUCAUGCUGCUGCCUGGCUGGGGGACGUUAACAUAAUGGAGCUUCUCAUCAAUGCAGGUGCGAAUGUCAAUGCAAAGGACCAUGUGUGGCUAACACCAUUGCACAGAGCAGCUGCUUCCAGAAAUGAGAGGGCUGUGGGGGUGCUGCUGAGGAAGGGAGCUGACGUGACCGUGCGGGAUAAGUUCUGGCAGACACCACUGCACAUUGCGGCAGCCAACCGAGCCACGCGUUGUGUCGAGGCCCUGCUUCCCCAUGUGACCAGCAUGAAUAUGGCCGAUCGUACGGGCAGAUCGCCCCUGCAUCAUGCUGCUCAGAGUGGUUUCCAGGAGAUGGUUAAAUUGCUGCUGAACAAGGGAGCCAAUCUGAGUGCCAGUGACAAGAAGGACAGGCAACCCAUUCAUUGGGCAGCUUACCUUGGUCAUCUGGAGGUGGUUAAGCUGCUGGUGUCUCAGGGCUCAGAUAAGAGCUGUAAGGAUAAGCGGGGAUACACCCCUCUCCACGCUGCUGCUGCCAGUGGCCACGUCGAUGUGGUCAAGUACCUGUUACGCAAUGGAGCCGAGAUUGAUGAGCCUAAUGCCUUUGGAAACACUGCUCUCCAUGUGGCCUGCUACACGGGACAGGAGGCCGUAGCCAAUGAGCUGGUGAACCGUGGGGCAAACGUCAACCAGCCCAACCACCGUGGCUACACGCCCCUUCACCUGGCUGCCGUGUCCACUAAUGGGGCUCUUUGCCUGGAACUGCUGGUCAACAACGGUGCUGAUGUCAACAUGCAGAGUAAAGAAGGGAAAAGCCCUUUGCACAUGGCGGCCAUUCAUGGACGUUUCACUCGCUCUCAGAUCCUCAUUCAGAAUGGUGGGGAAAUAGAUUGUGUGGACAGAUAUGGCAAUACACCUCUUCAUGUUGCUGCUAAGUACGGCCACGAGCUGCUUAUCAGCACCUUGAUGACAAACGGUGCUGACACAGCCAGACAAGGGAUUCAUGGGAUGUUUCCUCUACACUUAGCUGUGCUCUACGGGUCCUCUGACUGUUGUCGUAAGCUACUUUCCUCAGGUCAGCUCUACAGCAUUGUGUUGUCAAUGAGUAAAGAACACGUGCUCUCAGCCGGAUUUGACAUCAACACCCCAGACAAUUUUGGGAGGACCUGUCUACACGCUGCUGCCUCUGGAGGAAAUAUUGAAUGUCUCAACCUGCUCUUAAGCAGUGGAGCUGACAUGAACAAGAAGGACAAGUUUGGAAGGACUCCUUUGCACUAUGCGGCUGCUAACGGGAGGUAUCAGUGUGUGGUCGUUCUGGUUGGAGCAGGGGCGGAGGUCAACGAGCGCGACCGCUCUGGCUGUACACCUCUACACUACUCGGCUGCAUCGACUGCGUUCUGCAGAACGGAUCGACCCCAUGCCAGCACCCAUCAGAACCAAGAGGAUGGGGAGAAGGAAUCCUUCCUGUGUGUGGAGCAUUUGUUGGAUAAUGGUGCUGAUCCAUCUCUGUGCAACACUAAAGGAUACAGUGCUGUGCAUUAUGCUUCGGCCCACGGCAACAAACAAAACCUGGAGCUGCUUUUGGAGAUGUGCUUCAACACACUUGGAGACAAUGAGAGCAAUGGGUCCGUCAGCCCACUACACUUGGCGGUGGAGUCAGGUCACUGGGAAUGUGUCACAGUGUUAAUUGAGUCUGGAGUGUGUGUGGAUGCAUGUGACCCGGUGGGGCGCUCUGUGCUGUACGUGGCCUCUCAAAGAGGGCAUGCCCGCUGCGUAGAGCUCCUGCUUGGCCAAUCAGCAUCUUGCCUGCUCACGGAAAACUGCAGCAAAUGGGGUCCUCUUCAUGUUGCAGCUGCCAACGGCCACUCAGAAUGUCUGCGGAUGCUGCUCUGUAGUGAGGGAGGAGCUGAUCUUGUUAAUGUUACAGACGUGGAGGGACAAACUCCACUAAUGCUGGCAGUGCUGGGGGGACACACUGACUGCGUGCAUCUGCUGCUGGAGAGAGGAGCUUGCCCUGAUAUGAGAGACAGGAGAGGAAGAACAGCCUUACACAGAGGGGCGGUGAUGGGUCGGGAGGACUGUAUAACCGCCCUGCUGUCACACAAUGUCUCAGUCCUCAGCAGAGAUUUUCAGGGGCGAACCGCGGUGCAUCUGGCUGCCUCUUGCGGCCAUGCUGACAUUCUCUCCAAUCUUCUUUCUGCUGCUGACCACUCCCAUCCCCACGACCCAAUCACAGACCGCCACGGCUACACACCCGCACACUGGGCAGCCUAUCACGCAGGUCAUGAAGACUGUUUGGACGUUUUACUUGAACUUAAACCAUGUAGUAUCCAGGAGGGAAACCCCUUCACCCCACUGCACUGUGCUCUCAUUAAUGGCCAUAGUGGUUCUGCAGAGCUGCUGUUGGAAUCCAGUGUUUGUAAUUUGCUGGUAAACAUCAGGGAUGCCAAAGGAAGGACCCCGCUUCACGCGGCCGCAGUUGCUGAGGACGUGGCUGGGCUGCAGCUGGUUCUGCGGCACGGAGCUGACAUCAACGCCGUGGACCACUCAGGGCGUUCUGCACUGAUGGUGGCCGCCGAUAAUGGCCAAAGCGGUGCCGUAGCCCUGCUGCUGCACAGAGCCAAAGCUGACCUGUCCCUCCUGGAUGUGAACAAGAACACUGCCCUGCACCUGGCCUGCAGCAAGGCUCAUGAAAUGUGUGCCAUGCUGAUCUUGAAGGAAAUCCACAACCCUAUCCUCAUAAACGCAACCAACAGUAUGCUUCAGAUGCCCCUCCACAUUGCCGCCAGGAAUGGUUUGGCCACCGUGGUUCAGGCCUUGCUGAAUCGUGGAGCCACAGUGCUGGCAGUGGAUGAGGAAGGUCAUACGCCAGCCCUGGCUUGCGCAUCCAAUAAAGCUGUUGCUGACUGCCUAGCUCUCAUUCUGUCAACCAUGAAGCCUUCCUCCUCCACACCUUCCUCAUCCUCACCCUCUUCUCCCAGCCUAAACCUGCUCAAGCACUGUGGCAUCACCGCCGCCUGCCCCCCCCUGCCCAAUGGAGGCCUUCACCAUGGUUACGGCAAAGAUCGCCAUGGCGCUACCAUCGGCUUGGAUGGCUGCUUGACCGAGUGAGGCGUUCUUACUUGUUAAAAAAUAAAAA